AUGAGCCGCAGGGACUCGGUCAGCGACUGCCUCCGCGACUGGGAGAGCUCAGGGUGGCUUCCAGCGGAAACCAAGGAGGCCUGGAGCAAGGGGCUGAGAAGGCCCCGCGGAGGAGAGAGGGCCAGGACGGCUCACCACCAGCAGCGCCACCCACCACGGCCGCGGCCGGUCUGCCUGGCCCCAGUCGACCAGAGAGUAGCCAAACCUUGGUUCAAACGCUGGGAUGGAGGCUGUGAUAGAGCCUGUUCUUUUCCUUUUUCUAAGCCGUUCUUAUCUUUCUUCGGCCAGGAAACGCACCGUCUCUACAAGCAAAAGCUGGAAGAGCUGACCAAGCUCCAAGAUGGGAUCUCCAGCUCCAUCUCCCGGCAGAAGAAGCAGCUGAAGGAGCUCUCUCUCGCCCUGAAAAGGUGCAAGGUCUCCCUCUGCGACCAGGAGGCGAAAGAGGAGGAAGAAACCAUCCAGGAGCUCCAGAGCAUGGUCAAAGAGCGGCAGAACGUCUUCUUCGAAAUGGAGGCCUACUUGCCCAAGAAGAACGGGUUGUACCUGAGCCUGGUCCUGGGGAACGUGAACGUGACUCUGCUCAGCAAGCAGGCCAAGUUCGCAUACAAGGAUGAGUAUGAGAAGUUCAAGCUCUACCUCACCAUCAUCCUUCUCAUCAUCUCCUUCACCUGCCGCUUCCUUCUCAACUCCAGGGUGACGGACGCUGUCUUCAAUUUCCUCCUGGUCUGGUAUUAUUGCACCCUGACAAUUCGGGAAAGCAUCUUGAUCAACAAUGGAUCCAAAAUUAAAGGCUGGUGGGUUUUCCAUCACUACAUCUCUACGUUCCUCUCAGGAGUCAUGCUGACCUGGCCCGACGGACUCAUGUACCACAAGUUCCGAAACCAGUUCCUCACCUUUUCCAUGUAUCAGAGUUUUGUCCAGUUCCUUCAGUAUUACUACCAGAGCGGUUGCCUGUACCGGCUGAGAGCCCUGGGUGAGCGGCACAACAUGGACCUCACCGUGGAGGGCUUCCAGUCCUGGAUGUGGAGAGGCCUCACCUUCCUACUUCCGUUCCUCUUCUUUGGCCAGUUCUGGCAGCUGUACAAUGCCGUCACGCUUUUCCAACUUGCCCAGCAUCCAGAAUGCAAAGAAUGGCAGGUACUGAUGUGCGGCCUCCCUUUCUUCAUCCUCUUCGCCGGGAACUUCUUCACCACUUUGCGGGUCGUGCACCAGAAAUUCCAGGACAAGGCCCAGAAGGCCGAGUGACCGGGGGCCGGGUUUGAGUGCCGCCCCUUCCGUCCCUUUCCAUAUUCUCUUGUUGGUUGUCUGGCCCAUCGUCCUUCCGUCUUUUUAGGGGGAGCGCUGGUCUUGCUCCCCCGAAUAUGGUCUCUUCCGCGCUGGACGUCUCUCCCAGUCGCAUCCUCUGGUGAAACUGGUGCAAAGGAUGCUUUUGUGUGGGUUCUCUCUGGAGCGUGGCCUCUCUUGUGAAAAACAUAAUCGAGGAUUAUGGGAGAACGCUGGCGACCCAAAAAGCUGGGACACAACGCUCCUUGCAAAAACAAGCGGUGCCAAUUCCACGGAGAUGGGUACAUAGAUCUAGGUUUUGGGAACCGAGAGCGCUUGGGACCAUUUGUCGGAACUGAACUGGUGCACAAAGGGAACCUUCUCUCCUUAAGACCGCUCUCCAGCCAGCACUUCUCUUCCAUUCCUGUCUGUGUAAAGUAAACCUUUGGGUGGGCAAAAGGGAGGUUAUCUUUUCAAUGGGCAUCCUGAUGCUGUUGGACUGCAACUAAAUGUAGCCCUCCCUUUUGGAUUGCAAUUCUCAGCUCCGGUUAAGGAUGAUGGGAAUUGUAGUGCACUCACGUUACAAGGACCACACGUCCGUCUCCCCCGUGUCUUCUCUUCUGACCAACUGAAGAGGAGCACUUAGAAAGGGCUUGAUGGGAUUGAGCUGCAGCGUCUCCCAUCCCAUGUUAUUGUAUGCUGGGUGGGAAGCCGUCCUGAAACUGCCAUCUAAGAAUGUACUCUUUGUCAUUAAAUAAAUAUAUACACAUGUUGGAACAGUCAAG